UUUGAAAGUCCUCCCAGCAAAGUUUGUAAGCCUUAUAAGUGGCUGCUCAAAAAUUACCAACAGGCCUUGACUUUAAUAUUUGCUAUAGAGGAGAUUAACAGGGACCCCAAAGUGUUGCCCAACAUUUCCCUUGGAUUCCACCUUUACAACACCUACCACAGUGAUGAGAGAACCUUGGAGAGCUCCCUGAAGUGGAUAUCGGGUCCAAACCAAUUCAUCCCUAACUACAGCUGCAGGGAACAGGACAAGUCUGUGGCAGUUAUUGGAGGAGCCACAUCAGCUCUCUCUGUCCAAAUGGGGAUACUGCUUAACCUCUAUAAGUUUCCCCAGAUCAGCUAUGGCCCAUUUGAUUCUGUUCUUAAUGACAAGGUCCAGUUUCCUUUCCUCUAUCAGAUGGCCCCCAAAGACUCAUUUCUUCACCAAGGUAUUAUCCGCCUAAUAGUAUUUUUUAAAUGGAACUGGAUAGGUCUGAUUGUCGUCAAUGACAUGAGAGGUGAGAAAUUUCUCUGGGAAAUAGAAAAGGAAAUGGUAAAAAAUGGUGUUUGUAUGUCCUUCACAGAGAAGAUUCCUGUCAGUGAGAGAAGACAUAUGGAAUCACAUGAGACCUUCAUGCCCAGGAUCUUAAUAUCAUCAACCAAGGUGAUUGUCAUCCAUGGUGACACAGAUUCAUUAAUGAUUAUGAGAUACUCACAAAUUCCUUUAUUAAUGACAUGUAAGGUGUGGAUUGCCACCUCUCACUGGGAUAUUACCAUGAGACCUGUACAUCAUAAUGGUCCUGGUUUCCAUGGGGCUCUUAUGUUUUCAUACUUGACAAGUGAAAUCCCUCAAUUCAAGACUUUUCUUAAGACAAUUACACCUUAUAAAUACCCAGAUGACAUUUUACUUAGGGGAUUCUGGCUCUCAGCUUUUAGUUGCUCAAAUCAAAUGGAAAAUUCAGAGGGAGAGAUUUGUUCACCAAAUGCUUCAUUGGAGACAUUGCCUUUGUCUUCCUUUGAUAUGACCAUGUCUGGCUUGAGUUACACCAUCUACAAUACUGUCUAUGCUGUGGCUUGGGCUCUCCAUGAAGUAUUUAUGAGAAAAUCAGAGAAAAAUUCAAUGGGAGAUGAAGAAUAUAUAGUACUUCCUUCCUGGCAGCUGCACUCCUUCCUGAAAAACACCCAAUUUAACAACAAUGCUGGUGAACAGGUGUUUGUGGAUGAGACUAGAAGUUCUGAAGCUCAAUAUGCCAUUAUGAACUAUGUGUUCUUUCCUAAGGAGACUGAUGCUCUGGUGAAAGUUGGGCAGUUUGUCCCCAAGGCUUCACUUGGCCAAGAUUUCACAAUUCAUGAGGAUGCCAUUGUGUGGGGCUAUUCAGAUUCAAAGGUUCCCUGUGGAGUAUGUAGUAAUAGUUGUGGUCCUGGAUUCAGGAAGAUUCCUUUGAAGGGGCAGCCUUCCUGCUGCUUUGACUGCUCUCCAUGCUCAGAAGGGGAGAUUUCCAAUCAGAUGGAUGCAGAGCAUUGCAUGAAGUGUCCUGAGAUUGAAUAUCCAAAUAAGGAAAGAAAUCAUUGCCUUCCCAAGGUUGUGAACUUCCUGCAUAUGGAUGAACCUUUGGGGAUGACAUUGGCAUUCAUGGCUAUUUCCUUCUCUCUACUGACAGCUCUGGUUCUAUGUGUCUUUGUGAAGUUCAAAGACACUCCUAUUGUCAAAGCCAAUAAUCAAACUCUCAGCUAUGCUCUCCUUAUUUCCCUUAUCUUCUGUUUUCUCUGCUCCUUGCUCUUCAUAGGGCAUCCUACAAAUAUCACUUGUCUCUUCCAACAAAUAGUAUUUGCAAUUGUGUUCACAGUGGCUGUUUCCUCCAUUUUAGCCAAAACCAUACUAGUGGUCCUGGCUUUCCACAGUAUCAGGCCAGGGAGCAGGAUCCAGAUGUUCAUCCAUUAUAGAGUGUCUGUCUAUGUUGUUCUUAUCUGUGCAGGGAUUCAAGUGAUUUUCUGUGGCAUCUGGCUGAGCACCUAUCCCCCCUUUCCUGAGGCAGACACACACUCUGAAUAUGGCUAUAUCAUCAUUAGAUGUAAUGAGGGUUCUGUCUUUGCAUUUUACUGCAUCCUAGGCUACAUGGGCUUUCUGGCCUUGGGAAGCUUUAUAGUAGCUUUUCUGGCCAGGAACUUGCCUGAUACCUUCAAUGAAGCCAAGUUCAUCACUUUCAGCAUGCUGGUGUUUUGCAGUGUUUGGGCCACUUUUUUGACCACAUAUCAGAGCACCAAAGGGAAGGACAUGGUGACUGUGGAGAUCUUCUCCAUCUUGGCCUCCAGUGCUGGAUUACUAGGCUGCCUCUUUAUUCCCAAAUGUUAUGUGAUUCUCCUGAAGCCAUACAAAAAUAUCAGAGAACAGCUCAAAAAUGAAAGGGAUUCCAGAGGGAAGAUUUUUGCUGGACCUUGUCUUUCUACUUCCAGUUCUGAGAAAUAG